GUUUUUGUUUUUCUUCCAUGCUCAGUGUUGCCGGUGUUUUCUCUGUGGAGCAUUCCUGUCGGGUUAAGUGAGGUGGUUGCGCUGGGUCUGUUCUUUCCCCUCCUUUGUAUUCUCUCUCUCUCUCUCUGUUUCGUAACUCAAUUCAACUUCUAUUUAGCACUUUCGCGUUGCGUUGCGCGCCGUCAGCACCAAUUGCUCCGUGAGCACCUUCUUUUUCUUUUUCUUUCUUCGCCUAGAUUCGCACAACGAAACUGUUUCUAACAUAGCGUCUUUUGAUAAUAUAUCGUUGAGCUUUUCCCUCUGUCUAUUUUACCUACAUCAUGUUGACAGAAGCACGGACGCUUUUCUUUAGCUCCCUGCGGAGCAAGGAGCAUCGACGACGUCAACAAGCCGCGGCGGUGUUUACCGCUCUUUGGCUGCUGAGUCUUCUCUUCACCAUCACCACCAGCUUUUUGCUGAUCUCUGUUCAGGCGCUGGUGUUGCUGAACACCGCGGCGUCGCUGAUUGCGAGUGUCGUGACGCAGUCUCUCUGCAGCCGUGCAGGGACGCAGCCGAAGUACCCCUUUGUGUUCGGCCUCUUCCGCCUCAGCACCGUCAUCCGACUGGGCGGCAUCAUCUUUCUUGUCUUUGGUUGUCUGACCACCAUUGUGGAGUCCUUGCAUCGCGGCAUGCAUCUGCAUCAUUCGAACUCCUACUACCUUCUUUGCAUGGGCGCGGUCCAGCUGGCGUUUCAGGUUGUCUACCGCCGCGAGGUGCGCGUCGCGGAUCGCGUCACGGGGCACCAUGGCAUGGCGGGUGCGCAGAGCGAAGACAUUCUCUAUCAGGCCUGCGCCACCGCCAGCAGCGAGGGUCGCGCUGUCGGGGGUGGUGACUUCUUUAAAUCCCCCAUCGACGUGCAGGCCGCGGCGGCGUCACCUACCACCCCCUUUGUGGGCGGUCGCACCGUGCAAAACAAGACCGCGACGGUGGUGCUCUAUCUACUCUGCCCCCUCUCUUGCGUGGCGGUGAGCGUGCUGUUGAUGCUCACGCACAGCGCCCUGUAUGACACGGCCGGCGCGCUUCUACUGGCGGGCUACUACGGCUACGUUGGCUACUACGAAGGCUCCACCAUGCUAGACCUCCUCAUGAACAAGAGUGUGACGGAUCUGCGGCGGAGCCGUAACUUGGAGCGCUGUCUGCGCAACGUCAAGAUGCUCGAUGGCGUGCUGCAGGUGCAGUCGACGGUGUGGUGGAACACAAACGUAUCGGACAGCAUGCUACUCAUCCGUAUUCGUCUCAUGUCCGGGUGUGACGCGUGCGCAGUGUCACAGGCGGUGCGACGGCAACUGGUGGACCUCGCCACGCACGUGUAUGUGGAGUGCUUCCCCGCAAACGGCGCCGAGGGCGGCAUCGGCGACGGAAGUCCGAUGAUAUGGGGCUUGUCAACGUUGAAUGCUCAUGGCCACAGCCACGACCACGGUCACUGCCAUGAGCACGAUCACGAGCACAGCCACAGCCACGACCACGGACACGGUCAUGACCACGACAAACACGAGCACGAGCAUGCGCGUCGUGCCGAUUCAGAUGGCGAGUUCGGAAAUGCGGAGUAUAGCUCGUCAACCAGAGAGCUGGGCGGGGAAACGAAUUGCAGCGCCUUUCCUCCUCCCCCACCGGGACAGACGGCACCGGUUUUACCGUUCAACGCGACCGGCUGCGCGGCUGCACGACCUAGUGAGAGAGCCGCGGUCACAUCCUUCCCCGCCCCUCCGUCUUCGUCGUCAGCAGUCGCGGGCAACGACGGUGGUGAUUACCGCCGAAACCAGCCGCAACCGCCGUACAACGCCGAAGUAGCCGAUACUAGCACUGCAUACCCUGCCCCGCCAAUCGUGACACCUCCUUCCUUUACACAGGCGCCCUAUGGCCGUUAUGACCAAGGCAGCCAUUCUGCGCCUAUGGUGGGCAGUGUCCGCCACGGACAGCCGAUGCUGCGCAACAGCUCAUCUGGCGUUGGGGGGUUUCCUCUUGCACCGCCGUCGUCGACCGCGCGGCCGGGAGACGCGCCGCCGCCGCCUGUCUACGCCUCCUUUCGCCCUCCCGCUGCCGAUGAUCUGCGCCGCCACUCCGCCUCUCACGAUUAUGUCUGA